UUCUCGAUUGCAGUUGCUUUGUGUGCCUCGCAGCCAGGCUGGCUCUCUGAGAUGUACUAACCGUGUCUUUCAUUAUCUAGAAAACAAACAUGACAAGUUACGGCUCAAGCACUGACCCGCGUUCCCCAACUUAUGGGACCGCCACUUUUUCUACCUUUUCGAAUUCUCAAACACCCAUGUCUCCAUCUCGUUACUCUCAGUCAAGCUCUGAUACCCCCCUUGCGUCCUCUGAUAGCGAAGGUGCCACUUCUGAUCGUUACAUGAGACGUGUCAACCUGUCGCCCAGAGGAUCUAGCGAUACGUUUAUCGAAGAAAACUCUAUAGAAGAUGCCGCCGAAGUGGAGGCUUCCCUCAAUGUCAUUGACCGCGAAUUCGAGAACACAGAGGACUUGCUGACGGAGUGGUCGCGUGGCACCUCUAGUAGCGGACCAACCUACACGGGAACGACACCGUCGUAUUCAACCAGCUUGGAUACCUACUCGAUCUACAAUCGUGAGGGAAUUCGGCUGAGCACUAUUUCAGAGCGUACAGAAAAUAUUCCUUCGCGUCCCACGUCUUAUGGGGCGCGUGGGGCUCCAGAAGGACAUAGGCUUUCCGCCCAUCGUAGCACUACCGCUUCGCCCGGACACUUGCACACUCGCUCUGGUACCGACUUCAUGGCUGACCGCGUUCCUGGUCGAAGGACUGGUGAUCUUAUUGCGUUCUUCGAGGACAGAGCUUCUUCGCCGUCCGACACCUCCUUUGGCCACACUCGCACCUCGUCUGUGCCUGGUUAUCGUUCUCGUAGCCCUUUCUUCCCUAUGGGCCAGUCCACUCCUCAUUUGGGCAGCACGACUGGCUACGGUACUUCCACGGGCUAUAGUUCUCGUCCCUCCUCGCCUGCAAAGAGUAAGGCUGGUUCUACCAUAUCGUCAGCAUCGUCAGCCGUUUCCGAAUCGUUGUCUAUGUCGUCGUUGCUUGCGCCGCCCACCAGAGGAGCUACCACCGCUACCCGCAGCAGCACCCAGUUGAGCCCCAGUGACUUUGCCAGCACGUUUUCGAACACCUUCACAGCGUCGAGGACCGCAUCAAACACGACGAACGUCACUCCAACCGUCUCAUCUCUUCACCGCCCGCAGACGUCCCCUCGUUCUCCCUUGACGUCAGUUCGCAAUAUUAUUGCAGCAUGGAAAGACCGCACCCCGUCGCUUGAUAAAACACCCAAGUCACCUUCGGACACAACUACUUCUCCGCCAAGCAACACGGGUCCAGGCACGAGUGGCCAUGGGCUAUUCAGUCUAAGAAGACGUGCCAGCCAACGCGAGCGUGUUCCAGACGGUGCUGAGAAUUCCAACGGGCAUCGCCCAACCACUCCGAAAAGCAUGGCUAGUACCAUUAUCCCUCCGCCAUUUGACAUGACCGAACUGGGUGCCUAUGCCCGGGACAGUCGCGAGCCCCUUCGUAUUGGUGUCUUGUGGUACUUGAAUGUGCACUCUGGGCCACCAUACAGAUGGCAGCGUUGCGAAGCCCUUCUCUACCCUCACAUGCUCUUGCUCUCCUGGAUUGCUCCGGGUGGAGGUAGGGGAGUUGUGACCUUGGAUUUGUUAAACUGCACGGAAGUUCGUUCGGUUCCUUCCCCAACGCACUCGAGUGCUACAGAGGACGUCGGUACCAUUGCCGCGCGGGCGCAGGUAGCGGAGGGUCAGGGCCCCGAUCUCAUGGAGUUGCUCUGUCCUUUCCAACUACUGUACACUGACGGCGUUGAGAGGUUGGCAGCUGAGAGCGCGCGCGAGAGAGUUCGAUGGGUCAGCGCAAUUUGGGAAGCGUUAGAUCGCUCUGUCACUCUGCCGAACCGCUCGGAACCGGGAUCGCCCACCGGGUCCAUUAGGACGAUCCGUUCGAUCACCAGCACCAGUGCAUCUGGAUCAACCUCCGGCUCGGCUUCUACCGUAUUUGUCCCUCCACUUCACACCAUCCCUAGCGUCUCCGACUUGUCGGAUAGUUUGAGCACUGGUUCAUUUUCUCGCGCACCUUCCUAUCCUACCCAUACUCGUACUACGGAUGAUGGUGCCGUAUCCAAUCAGUCAUACGUGUACCCAGGGGACCCUCGGGUUAUUGCUCCCAGUCGAAGCAGCUCGUUGCGCCGUACCAGUUCGUUGACCGAUUUGGAUGCAGAGUUUGCAUCAGCUGUCAGCCGGGCAAGGAACGCGAAGCCUGGUCUUGGGUUCGCCAUGAGUCUCGUUGGUGGGAUCCUUGGAGAUGGUUCCCCGGUGACGGUUUCUAGUGGACCUCGGCUUGGAAGGGAUGUUAGGGUGACCCCACCUCCCAGUGCAAAAACGAAGGCACGGCCCCUCUCGGAUGUCUCGGAUGAUGCUUUCUUCUCUGCAGCAUCGAAGACGUCGAGCAAUCCUCGCUCUUCAUUCUUCUCGAUGUCCAGCACGUCGACGUCUGAUCGCGACCGUACUACCACCGGCCUCAUUACUGAUGAGACUGCCUUUGAGUUGACCUCGGGCGGCUCAAACACACAGAUAGUUCCAUCUACUCUAUCGUACAGGCGGACAGAAUCCAACUCGUACCUCGGUGACUCUCAUGAUGGUUCCUUCUCAUGCAGCACUUGCGCAUCCACAUCGCCGUCUCGUUCAUCACUAUCCAGGAGUGCCGAAAUCCGUAGGAGACGUCAAAGGUGCAACACAUGUUCGGAGAGCACGUCUGACAAGGAAAACGCCACGACCGGGUACACGUAUUCGGCAAGUCGAUCCACGAUGAGCACCUGGACCAGGAGUCGCUCUGUCACCCCAACGCCGGCUCCUUCGACUGCUGCGUUGUCUGCUCUUGAGCUUCCUGACACCUCAGGGAGUGAGGGUUAUGAGACCGCACAUACUCCGUCGACGGCGUCAUUCAAGUCACUUCCCACUAUCCCGUCUGAGACCGAUUUCUACACUGCGGAUGUCUGCAAGACUGAAGCAUCGACAGACUUUUAUACUGCUGAUGUAUGCAAGACCGAAGCGUCUACUGAGUUUUACACCGCGGAGGUUUGCCGUUCUGAGGUCUCGACGGAGUUCGUGACUGCAGAGGUAUGCAAGUCAGAGGCCGAGACUGAGUUCGUCACUGCGGAGGUCUGCAAAAGCGAACGCUCUACGCAGUUCGAGACUGCUUCCGUUUGUAAAACCAUUCCAUCGGAAGUAAGCACCCCACCCUCUCUGGCUGUUGACCUUCCAGUCGAGAGGGCCCCAACGCCUCCACCCAAGACACCCUCAGUCGUGCCUUCCAUUGCCUCGGAAUCUGACGUCCAACUGGAAAUAUCCCCUGAGAGGGUUCCCCUUCCUCCCUCCGAAUUUAGCCCUACCCCCUCUAGCGUUAGUAUUGGUGUCGAACCUGAAGCACCCGAAGAAGAGCCUGAAAUGCUCUCAUCCGGACUUGUCUCCACCGGCGAUGUGUCGCUCUCGCUCCCGUCUACGGUCUCUCCAACUUCCCCUGAACCGUCGUCCGGAACAGAGCCGGUGUCCAGCUUAACCACUGAAUCUUCGGAGAUAGCGCUCAGCGAUAUCUCUCCUAGCGAGACUGACGAAUCUCCGUUAUCUCCUGAGCCUGAAGCCUCCCCGUCGAUUCACCCUUCUCACUGGGCACAGGAAACUGAUGUUUCCUACGACUCCUCACAUUUACAGCCGACGCCAUUCACUCAGUCUGUCAGUCUCCGAGAGGGCCGUGAUGAGUCGUUCGAGACGUCGGCCAUGCGACCCAGCCCUUCUCCUUUAACAAGCCUUGAAAGAUUGACACUUAUUUCUGAAGAUAUAUCCGAAACUAUUUCGACGUCCACGCCGUCUCUACCUCUGCCAACUCUGCCGCCGCCGCCACGACAUGUGCCACCUCAACCACCUCAACCGCCACAUGUACCACCACCUCCCACGCCGGUCGCACCUCCCGAAAGCGAGCCAACGCCGAUCCCGAGUAGUGUGAUUUCGUCAUCGCUAUCUCGUACUCCUUCCACUGUUUCCUCUGUGUCGAGUUUGCGGACACGAGAAUUAGAAGAGGACAUUGUUUCUCUGCCAGAUGUCCCGCCUCCAUCUGAAAUAUCCACGGUGCCAACACUGCUGUCCAGUCGCGCGAGCACUCUCCCUGUGUAUGUUGAACCCGCAAUGCUCCCUCUGCCAGUAUCGCCAGCCCCCAGUAUCAGUGUCUCAUUCCCUACCCCAAGUACUAGGGUCCCUUCCAUCCAUUCGACACUCGAAACGGUUCCCGAUGUCAUUGAGACUGAGACUGUCACUCAUGACAUCGAGCGCAUACUCGAGCAGAUUCGGGAGCUAGAUCAUUUCAGAAGUGAAGAAACCCACGACAUUGCGGAAAACGUUCGCACAAUCCGAGACGAGUUGCGCGCCCUCUCAGAGUUCUUGCGGACCAGACAAUCAUCCACUGAACGAAUUAUAGUUUCCGAAAGGCCCCCACAACCACCGCCAGUGGUUCAUCGAGACCGAUCGGUGGGAGGAAGUAGUAUUAUAUCUGAACCUCGCGUAGCUCCUGCUGGUCCCAGAGAGCGUCUCGGGUUAAUUCCUAUUGAUGUAACCCCGCCUCUAAGACGAGCACCUUCGAUCGUUUCUUCCGACUCAGGGAUAUCGUACCUGUCCUCUCAUCACUCCGACGAUCUGAGCCUUAUGGUUGAGGAGGAAGAACUAGGAGAAGAAUACGACAUUCCAGGAUCGCCAUCUUGGUCGUCGUCGUCAUCGCCGUCUUCACCGUCUUCGCAGAUCACACCUUCCCUUGUUUCGUCUUCGGAGCCUUCACCUGGACCAACGCUUUCUCUGACUUCGUCUUCAGAGCCAUCCCCGCCUCCUACGUCUCCUACGCCAUCUACUGAGUCCGGUGCGACCGUGCUCCCGGUAGUUGCGGAAGGGCCGUCUUUGGCCAACUUGAGAGAAUUGCUCUUACAGCUACGGGAACAAAUGAAUGCGCUUUGGGACGGCCAAAAUGCCACAAAUCAGAUGAUUGAUGAAAUUCGACAAACAAGGCCGGUUCCUCAGGACAACACGGAAAUACGCGAGCGUUUGGAGACCAUCGAAACGCUCCUUGAGCGGUUACUCGAUAGGCAGAGACAAGUCGAGCGGGAGUCUAUAACCGACAGGAGACGUGAAGAAUUCCGGGAACGGACGAGACCAGGAGUAGAAGUCGAAUCCGUCUCUGAGUCAUCGACUGAUUUAGAAAGCCUACACCGUCGCUGGUCAGAUCUGGCGCGCGGUGUCCGUAUCCAUGCACCGGCGCCACGACACGUUGGGCCCUCCUUGGACGAGCAACUGUUGGAGUUGUUGGGUGCUCCUCCCCCUCCUGGCGCAUAUGGGGUUCAGGCGCCUCCUCAGCUGAUUCCUUUUACAUAUCAGCCUUCACAAAGACCACCAAGGUCCAGGAGUACCAGCCCGGUCAUGACAGGAAGGGCUACUUCGGCCCCGCCAUUCCCAGACAUGGGGAUAUUCUCACCCGAGACGCUCCACCCGCCUUUGCGGCAUCCAGUCAGGCGCCGGCCACUCGCACCACGCGUAGAACGACCCCCGCCGUCCGAGGUUCUACCAAUUCCAAGCCACCCACCACUACCAGAACAUGCUAUGGGUGAUCGGCCAGUAGAACGCGAGCGUCGUCCCCAUGUUGAACCGGCGUACCCAGUCAUACCGCCACUGCAUGAUCGGCCUCCGACAGCCCCUGCGUCGUUAGGUCUUGCCGAGGACCCCCAGGCGUCGCGCAGCUGGUACCGACGGCCCCGCGUCGAUGGCACCGGUGCCGUCCCUCCUCCAGGUGUUUUCGGGCCUGCUCAACCCGCUCAACCUGCGGCUCCCGGACCAACUUACGUUCCAAUGCCCCCAGGACCUACUAUCGUACAAUUGCCUCUGUUCGACACUCUGAUCGAAAUACUUAGGGAACACCGCCGUGCUCAAGUAGCGACCGUAGACCAGCAACGUGAGCUUAUGAGAUAUAUGCGAGGCCUGAACGAGUGGUUGGCUCGGGAUGUGAAUGACCGCCACGCGGAGCUGCGGGGAGUAGCGGAAAGGAUUGAUCAGCUCCGGGCUGAUAUGGCACGCGUCGGUAUUGGCGCUGGUGUCGUUCCUCCUAUGCCCCAACCCCAACCCCAGGUUGUUCCAGGAGGACCACCUCCCCCACCUGGGUUCGUCAUUCCCCCAGUCAUACCCCAGCCUCCUGGCCCUGCCGGACAACCAAUGGUGACAGUAAACUACCCUGUUGUGCCACCCGGUUUGGGGCCCGAGGAACCUGUGAUUCCAUUCCCGGUCCCCGCGAGUCCACUCCGUUCGCCCCCUGUCACCCGGGUCGUUCCAUCACCACCUCCUGGCUGGAUUCCAGGUGGACCAGGAGGGGGAGGCUACGUGCCUCUCGGUGCCCCAUUCCCUGAGGUUCGGACCCCUUCACCUUAUAGGCAUCGUCCAGUGGAGCACGACGAGCCAUUUAUACCUCAAACUCCUAGCCCCAGAUCAGCAACUCAUCCAGUGAUUGUUCAACCAACAGGUCCUACAGUCUAUAUUCCGCCCUCACCAGGUUCACGCAGUUCACGCACUGACACUCAGGAGACAUACCACCCAGCACCCCGCAGCCCAGCCCCUCUGCCGGUGCCGUUCGGCGAUCAACACCCUCCCAUACAGCUAGGGGAAUCACGCCCACCCACUCCGCAAGCUCCCCAGAAUAUUAUCAAUGUAGGAACGGCUCCCCCAAUCCCGCCUCCUGGACAGAUACACCCGUCUCCUCCAACGCCUAUAGUGGCACAUGAGCCUCCCCCUAUGGGACAUUCUGUAGCGCCUCCCAUGGGAAUGCCGGUAGUUCCGCCAACAAUCCCUGUGCCAGGAUCGCCUCAUUUUAUGCCCAUGCCAGGUGUACCGGGCACCGGUCAAAUUAUCGUUCAACCAGCUCCUCCAAUGGCACCUGUACAACCGGUGAUACCCUCCCACCCUCCUUCCCGGGCCGAUUUAAGGACCCCUCAUGAAGGUGAGAUGAUGGAAAUGCCACCAAGUCCUCGUCGUACUCUCCGAUCUCCACACCCCGAACAAUACGCUCAGCCACCGCCGCCCGUGAUCACCCAAGGUUCGCCGUCUAUCUACGCUCAUCCUCAACCCACGGUAGUGACCCUGCCCCCGCGGACGUAUGACUAUGACUCCGAUGACUAUUACUAUCCGCGUCGCCACCGUUAUUAUUAUGAUGAUGACGAUUAUUAUUACCCACGACGACGCAGAAGACGACGCUCGCCCUACUACGAUGAUGACUACGAUUAUCCCCGUCGUCGGCGUCGCCAUCCCGAUUCUGAAUCUGAUGAGGACGAGGACCGUGAUCCUCGCCGCUUACGCAGACGUCAGCCCGCGCCUGAAGAAGCGGAAUCUUCGCUACCCACGCAACCCACGCAACCUACGCAACCUACGCAACCCACGCAACCAGCAGUCCCGCUGGACACAGUGCCAACAGGCGAACCGGAUGCGGGUACCUAUCCAGCUACACGAGAGGGACCUCGUGUUCCUGCUCGUUUCGAGGAUCACGAUGAAGGUAUUCAGCCUCCCAGACGGCCCGCAGCAGCAGAGGAGGAACCACAUCGCGUCCCACCCCGUGACGAGCGAGAGGCGGAACCCCAUGAGCACGAGAGACGACGACCUGAGCGUGAGGAUAGUCACAGGCGACGUCCAAGUGACCAUACAGUGUAUUCCUCCGAGCUAGGUGACCGCGACCGCGAUUACGAUAGAAGGCGCCCUUCGCCAUCUAUCCACCGCCGGCCAGAGUAUAGGGAGGGAGACGCUGGGACCCCGCGCAGCUACCGUCCACAUUCCCCUGCCCAACCUACCAUUAUUAGGCUAGGUGGCGAACACGAGGAUGGUCCCCAUCAUGCUGUUGUUAUAGAUCCGUCACCACAGUCACCGAGGCCUUAUCAUUAUCCAGAGCGACCAGUGUCUCCCCGCACUCAGUACGAAAGGGAUCUGAGGCGUGUGCCCCAUGGAGACACCGUUAUACCUCGUUUGCCUACGGAUACUAGGGAGAGACACCCUCCUCAUCCUGCAUCUGUUGCGGGCUCGGUUGUAGAGCCUCACGAUGUGCAUGACCAUCGGCGCACGCCGUCACGCACGCCGUCACGAGGUGGUCCUCCUCCACCUAGCAUUGUAGAGGGAGACGAAGGACGCCCCCCCAGUGAAAUCGCCCGCCACGUUCCGGCGCCACCGAUGCCCGAGGAUGGAAUGCCAGGGCCGCAUGAUGCUCAACUCAUCGACGCCCUGCGCGAGCAGCACGAACGUCUCAACGACGCCGAACGCGAUCUUGCUCAAAUCGUGCACGAUGCCCAUGACGCUGAGGGAAGACGCGAGGAUGAAUUCCGUUCGAACGAGGAGGCUAGGCAGCAUAUUUUCAUGGAUAAUGAGGCUCGGAGGGAUGCCGAAGCCAGACAGCGAAGUGAUGCUCUGUUCCACGAACUCGAAGAGAAAGUGGCCAACGUUCCACCGAUACCGGUCCCUCCACCUCGCGAGGCCGACGAAGCCUCCAUGAUUGAAUCUAUCAGGACCGCCACCCAGGACGCGGCGUCUCGCCAUGCAGCGGACGUCCAGGAGAUAGUACGCAUGGAAAGAGAGUUACUCGAAAAGGAACGUGAAGAGAAUGCUGCUGAACGUGAACGCGCACGUGCUGAACUGGAGGCUGAACGACGACGUUUGGAUGAAGCGCGCGAAGCAAGAAUUCACGAACUAGAAGAGGAACUUAAUCGUGUUCGUACAGAACUUGAUAACGAGCGGCAGCUACGUAUGACAGAAGCAGACGAAGCCCGCUCAGCGGCUGCAGAGCGUGACGACGCGUUGCGCAAUCAAUUAGCCGAGAUCGCGAACCUGGUGCAACAGAAUCAGGCGUGCUGUGAGGACAACAAGACCGCGAAUGAGAACCGCUGGACAGAAAAACAACGCUGGAAGAAUGAGAGAGAUAAUCAGAUCCAGGAGCUGCUUGGUGUCGUGGCAAGGAUCGUGGAGGAACAAAACGCUGCUAAGCAGAGGGAGGAGGACGCGAGACAAGCGAAUGAGGGCAAACCUGGUAUUGAACAGGUCCUCGAGGAUCUCGCAAGGCAAAAUACCGAACAACGAGAAUUGCUCAAUGCGCUUUCCGAGACUUGGCACGCUGAUAACCAGAGGCAGCAUGCAGAAUUGAUCAGUGCCGUUCGUGCCACAGCCAAUGAACAAGUGCCGUACAACGUACAAGGGUACUUGGACGAAUUCAGUAAAGCCCUUGCCAUCGAAGUCCGCAUGCUACUUGGUGAAGUUGGUAAACUGCGUGAGGAGCGAAGAGCCAUUCAACAUGAGCUCGGGUUACUGAUGAUGAUGAAAGCCAAGUACUCUCCAGGUGGAGAAUUCCACGGAGAUUGGCAGCCACCGUCGAUGGGUGGGGGUCCGCCACCCGAUGUCCCGCGACCGCCCCCUGACGUCCCACCAGCGCCAGAAGACGCUCCUCAUCCCAUCCGUCCGGGUUGGCGCCCCGUUGAUCAACGGCCAACCAGAAGGAUUCGGAAACCGAGGCAAGCCCCACCACCUCAAGCAGAGCCAGACAUUCCCCCGCAGAGACAUGCGCAGUCGUGGGCGACAUGGCUUCCCAAUCCUGAUAUGGCGCCCUCACCACCGUCUGUUGAGCCCACGCUGGUAGUACCUGGUCCUCAAAGUCCUGGACUAUUCGGACCUCGAUCGCCGCGCUCAUUCCGUUGAACGUAAAUGUCAUACAUUCGACGGCAUUCACAAUAUCAUAUAUCUCCUGCUGAUGACUUGCCACGACCACUCACGACAUUUUUCACGACUUCGUUGUCAGUUUUAUAUGCUUCUAUCAUUAUC